AUGUCUACGAAACGAAUUCAAAAAAUUCAAGGUCCAAGUCUUUAUAAGACAUUUAUUGAUGCUUAUAUGAAAGCUCGACCUGAUGAAAAAAAAGAUAUAAAACAUCAUAAUGCUCAACUUGAAUGGAGUGAAAUAAAAUGGAAUGAAGAAUAUGUUAAAGAAAAAAUCGAAGAAUAUUUAGAAAUCUAUAAUGAACUUCGUAUACCUUCUAAUCAAGGUCUUGAACAACAAUCAUCAUGUCUUUCUUCAACACAAUCAAAACUUAAUCGUUGUCGACCAACAAAAAAAAUUAAAAUUGAUCAAUCUAAUAAUACAACAAAUGAUGAUGAUGAUGAUGAUGAUGAUGAUAAUAAUGAAAAUAGAAUAGAUGAUAAACAAUCAAAGUCUAUAGAUGAUCUUGAUGAAGAUGAUCUAGAAGACGAUGAUGAAGAUGACGAUGAUGAUGAUGAUGAUGCAGAGAAUGAUGAAGAAAAAAACAAGAAAAAUAAGAAAAAAACUUAUUAUGUUAGAAAACGUAAAUUAACCGAUAAAGAAUUGAUGAAAAAUCUACAUAAAUUACCAUCUGUACGUCCUGUUCCAUUAGAAUCAUUACCAAAAAAUAAAAGACAACCAGCACAAGAACGAGUUUUUAGAGAAUUAAGUGCAAUUAAUGACCGAAUUGCUUCAUUAAUACAAGUUAAACAAAUGGGUUUAUUAACAUUAGAAAAUAGACACCAAUUAAAACAAUUAUUUCAAGAUAGAAAAACAAAGACUUUUGCAUUGAGACGUCUUCAAUCAAAACAAAGAGCUUCAAAUAAAUAUAGAGUUAAACGACGAAAAAUAGUUGAACAUUUAUAUGAAACAAAGCCUGAAUUACAUCCACAAUUAAGAAAAAUUUAUCGUCCUGGUGGUGGUCGACCACGUAUUGAAGAACAAUGUCCUGAUUUAUUACAAAUAAUUGAAGAAAUUGCAAAAGUUGGUGGAGCAAGUGAUGAUCGAAGACGAUCAGAAACUAUUCGACCUUGUUUAACAUUAGAUGAUUUAAGAGAAAAAAUUAGACAAAGAGGUUAUGAUAUUAAAAGAACAACACUUUAUUAUCGUCUGUUACCUCAUCGUGCAUCAUCAAGAGAUGGUCGUCGUCAUGUUAAUACUGCUCCUGUUCGUCUUCGUCGUGCUCAAAAUGAUGAUCAUGGAAAACAUGAAGAUGGUCAUUUUGCAACAGCAACAAUACGUUAUAUGAAAGAUUUAGCUUCAAUAUUCGGCAAUGAUUGUGUUCUUUAUUUAUCUCAAGAUGAUAAAUGUAAAGUUCCAUUAGGUUUACCUGCGGCUCGAGUACAAGCACCAAUGUUAAUGCAUUUGGAUUAUCGAAUAAGUUUACCGGAUCAUGAUUGGGUAGUUGCACCUCGACAUCAAUUAACACCAAGUGUAUAUGCAGCAUGUCUUUUAUCUGAAGAUGGAGAUUUAGGUUAUUCAGGUCCAACAUAUGUAGCUAUACGUUCAGCUAAACAUGAUCUAUCAAGUGCUAAAACUCAUACAAUAGAUUUUGAUCGUCUUGUUUGUUUAAAAGAAUUUGAAAAAGUAGCACGUGAUGAAACUGGACAAGUUAAACCAAUUGUUAUUGUUACUGUUGAUGGUGGUCCUGAUGAAAAUCCACGUUUUCCAAAAACAUUGGUUGCAAGUAUUAAAAAAUUUAAAAAAUAUAAUUUAGAUGCACUUUUUGUUCUUACACAUGCUCCUGGUCAAUCAGCUUAUAAUAUAGUUGAACGUCGUAUGGCUCCAUUAUCUCAUGAUUUAGCUGGUCUUAUAUUACCACAUGAUCAUUUUGGUUCACAUUUAAAUGAUUCUGGUGUAACAGUAAAUAUUGAUUUAGAAAAAUUAAAUUUUCGUAAAGCUGGACAAAUGUUAGCUGAAAGAUGGAAUCUAUCUGUUAUUGAUGGAUUUCCAUGUGUCGCUGAAUAUAUUAAUCCACCAGCAACAUCAGAAGAUGAACGUAGACAAGUUGAUACAAAAUUUGUUAUGGAUGAACUUUUACGAAGAGUUUGUGCUGAAGAAGAAGCAGAAGAAGGACAUGAAUUUCGUGUUCAUGCAUCGGAUGAAUAUUAUCAAGAAAAUGCUCGUGGACCAAGAGAACAUUUUGGUGAACAACCAAAAUAUGAUAUUGAUGAAUAUUGGUGUGCUAUACAUGUUUUACAAACACAAUAUACUUUACAAAUUAUUCGUUGUAAUUCUAUUGAAUGUUGUGGACCAUGGCGUUCAAAUUAUGUUCGAGUAUUUCCUCAUCGAUUUUUACCAUCUCCUGUACCAUUUGAACGUACACCAUAUGGUGUUAGAAUGGCAGAUAGAGAUUAUCAAAAAGGACAAUUUUAUGGAUCAUUAUUUCAACGAAUUCAAUUUCAUGGCAUUGUUAUUCAAAAUACACAGAAUGAAAUGUUACCAUUUGAUUAUUGUUGCUCAUCAGUAAGAAAAGAACUAAAAAAACGUAUAUGUAAAGUCUGUAAUCAAUAUAUUCCGUCGGCGUAUCGUAUGAAAAAUCAUUAUAAAAUUCAUGCACAACAUCAUGAAGAUUUUGACCAUAAUGAAGAUGAUACAUUACCACCAUCAGUAAUAAAUGAUAGCAUAACGGAUGCAAACGAAAGUCAAUCAACAACAACACCUAUACUUAAAACAGAAAUAUUAGAUUGGCUUCGAUCAGAUUUCGAUGAGUGUGAUAUAGGUCCAGCAUCAAAUCAACUUACAAGUGAUCGUGUUACACGUUCGAUGAAUAAAUUACGUGUUGAAGAAAACAAAGAUGAACAUGACAAUAAAGAUCUUGUACAUGUAGAAUAA